AUGGAUGCUUCUCCUUCGGCUUCGCCUUCUCGCAAUGAAGAAAUUGUUCGUUUACCAGAAGCAGUGGAGCGGUGCAUAAAGAGAAUUCGCGACGAAAAGAAUCAGCCACCACUCGCUAAGUCUGCCAGAAAGAUGCUACAACAAAUUGGGGAACAAUCUUCACUCAGGAUACUCUCUACCAUUUUAUCAUCAAAUAAACCCAUUUACAGCUUCACCGGUUUCGUCUCUCAUUUGGUCAACAAAGAUAACCCUAAUCUUCUCACAACUCACACUUCCCCUAGGCUUUCGUCGCCGCCCUCCACCUCUACUUCUCCCCACGCGCCACUGCGCCUUAAAAGUAUCCGUUCACAGCUAUCUUUUGAAGAUGAAACUCAAGAAAAGACGAGCCCUUGCGUCAGAAGUCAACUAUCACUUACCGGUCAACAUAGAGAGAUAGAACAUUCUGCCACGAUCAGUCAGCAGUUGAUGGUCCUGAGCAAACUUGAAUACAGGCAGUUAUUUUUGGUUCUAAGUUACAUCAGGAGGCAAAAGUUGGAAGCUGUAAUUACUCCAGAUGGCGCUCGUGAUAUCUCUAGUAUGAAAGGCAUUCCUAUGGAUGUUUUCGAGAGCAAAAUUUGGAACAAAUAUGGCCAGCGUUUCUGUGACAAAGCAGAUCGUAUCCAGUAUCUCGAUUGGGAUUCAGGGAAAACCCAUAUCUACUACUGUCAUGUUUGCCAAGACGGAGGUUAUUAUUUCAAGGGUCCUAUUCUGAAUAAUACGAGAACUCACCUGCAACGGUCGUUAGGAGAUGACAACAUAUUAAUAGUCAAGUUUCUAGAAGAUGGGGCAGCUUUGACUGGCAAUAUUGUUAAAGAAGGAAUUCAUGUUGGCCUUAGGCGCUAUCAAUUUUUCGUAUUUAAAGAUGAGCGCAUAAAAGUGAAGAAAAAACAAAUGGAGAAGGAGAAAAAGGCUAUUUAUUCUGCUGUGAAGUGCUAUUUUGUCCGUAUCGACUCCAUUUCUCCUUACGAAGAAGAUUAUGUUUUAUCAAGAAAAACAAUCAGUGAAGCAAGGCGGCUGUUUAUGCACAUACACACUCUCUCGACCAUAGAAAAGUACAUGGCCAGAUUUGCCCUGAUCCUAUCAAAGACGAUAAAGCUUGAUCUUAAUUUUGCUGCUGUUACAAUUGAAAGAAUUGAAGAUAUACCUUUCCAAGAUGAAAAUGGCUCUAUUGUCUAUGAUGAAGAUGGGAAGCCUAUUUUACAUACAGAUGGAACAGGAUAUAUAUCCGAAGACUUAGCAAAGAAGUGUCCGAAAGAUUUUACAACCGCGAAAUAUAUCACAAAUAAUAAUUUUGAGAUAACCUGUCAUAAAAGAGAAGCAGAAGAGAGGAAUAAGGAGCCGCCAUUAUUGAUGCAGUGCCGUUUGUUCCAUGACGGUGUUGCUGUUAAGGGAACUCUUCUUAUCAAUAAAAAGCUUAAACCAGGAACCAUUCAAGUUAGACCUUCCAUGAUUAAAGUUGACAAGGACCCGACAUUGCCAAACAACGAAACCUUUAACUCACUGGAGAUCGUCGCCAUUAGUCAUAGACCAGGCAGAAACAAUCUUUCCAAAUAUUUGAUUUCUCUUCUGAGCUAUGGAGGAGUUCCUCGACAAUUCUUUCUCGAUUUGCUGACAAAUGCUCUGGACGAGACUCGACAUGUCUUCUCCAAUAAGCGAGCAGCUCUCCGAGGUACUUUUUAUUGUCACUAUCAGCACCCUACCGUUAGUGGAUUAGGAUUUAAAAUACAAAUUAUACAUAUAUUAAUUGCAAGCACUUGUCACGAAUUUCAGCUUUUGAAAUAUUUCAAAUCAAAUGAACCGUGGAGCCGAGUUUACUCAAUACCAGAUUCAGAGAAGAGAAAUCCGCAGAAGCUUUCGGACUUGGAGUUGGAACACGAACUUUUUCAACUACUCCUACAAGCUAGGAGACCAAGCUUCGGCAUGUCAACAGCAGCCGAUAGCUGGCUCACAUUUAUGGAUCGUCUGUUGACUUUAGGUGACGAUCGUGCCACUGAAAAAGAUUCUUUGAAGAGAAAGAUUAUUCAAUUGAUCGACAUCUACUACGAUGCACUCGACGCACCUAAAAGUGGAAAAAAGGUAAUUUUCGUCUAUGCGUUCAAUUUUGUUAGAGUGGUACUAUUUCCACCUCCAAAGUAUCUCAAUUCACCACCAAAAAUAUAUAAAAUUUCAGGAAUUAACGUUAGCUGUCACUCGUCCUCUAUAUUGGGUCAAAUAUACGAUCGAGUGAAGGCAUUUAAAAAUGAGUCUGAGCUGACAAAAGAAAUCUGGAAAUUGCCAUGCUUUGAUACUCCAAUUCCCGAGACGUAUAUCACCGAUUGGAAAGAUAGGUACGAAAACUACCGCAAAGAAAUGACGCAAAUCCUACAAUCCAGCUACGAAUCAAAAAACGAUGCCGCGGCCGACUUGAUCAAAAAGUACAAGCAGCUGUUGUACGAUGCUCCUGACAUGGAAGAAAGCGCGAAGGAUACCGAAGUGAUAUACAAGGAAGCGAUUGCUAUAUAUCACGUUACGUACGAUUAUGCAACGAGUCAUGGUGUUGAGAAAUGCAGUUUUGCAUGGAGAGUUGCAGGUUCCGCACUAUGUAACCUGUAUGCAUGGUCGUUUGCCGGUCCCAGACGGAAGCCACUCGAAAAGAGUAAAGAAUUAACGAGGGCACCGUCGGGCGGUGACGACGGCGGUGGACGGAGGGCAGCGACGGCGGUGGUGGACGGAGGGUGGCAGUGGGCAUAUGAGAUCUGGUUUGGGGUUGGGGAUAGAAACGAGAGAGAGGUAGUGGCUGCUGGAGAGAAAAGGGAGAUGAAGAAGAGAAAUAUGGUUUGGUGA